CCUUCAUUUAAAAAUUGCAUGUCCGUCGUGAUGUUUUCGCUAAAAUGACAUCAAUAUCUAUAUAUUAUAAUGAAUAAACGUUUAAAACGGAUUAUUGCGGCAAUAAAAUCAAUAAAAUAAGUUAUUUCCACACCCUCUUACCUUUUUAGGGCUAUUUUUUCUCUUGAAAUCCAAAGUUGACCAUUUACCAAAUUGAAUCGGUCCCUUUCAGCUCCAUUGGUGUGCUUCCGUUUCAAGUACGCAUGCGCCAAAAUGGGAAUUCCAAAAUGGUUCCGGAAUCGGAAUGCAACAGUUGAUUUCUAAAUUUAAUCGUACAAAAGGGGUUCGGAAAUACUGAAUUAAAUAUCGAUUUUGAAAAAUGAAAUAAUUAUAAAAAAAGGUAAACGAAUAAUGAAACAAUCAAUCAUUGCAGUUUGGUAUAAAAAACAUGAACCAUAAGGCUAACUGGUUCCGAUUCCUGAACAUUACCGAUUCCAUAUGUGGAAGUAACCAAUGCUUCCAGUUGGCGGUAAUUUUCAUUUCUCCAUUGUCAACGACUCAGCGAAUUUGUUACUGCAUUUACCAUUCUUGAUUCCUGUAAUUUUCAUUUCUCCUUUGUCAACGACUCAGCGAUUUUGUUACUUCAUUUACCAUUCUUGAUUCCUGAUUUGAGGCAGCAAUUUGAAGCGAAAAUGGCAAAGAAGUUCGAUCGUCGUGCUGUUAGAACCUACCACUUCGAGGAAAGUAAGUAUCGAGGAUAAAACAUCUAAAGGUUUGUUAGAUAAUGACCAAAGACGUAUCUUUGAUAUGACGAAAGUACUUUAUGAAGACGAUUCUGACUAUCUUUUCCGUGACGUCAACUAACUAUGUAACACUUAUUGUCGAAAUUUAAAAUCUAACAAUUUAGUGGGUGGCGAUGAAAUUUAACGUUUUACCCUGCCGUAUUCACUCCAAUCCUGGGUAUUUUAAAUAUAUCCAGGACGAUUUCAUUGACAUAAUUUUUUAAAACCUUUAUAAAAUGAGACUUACAGCGACUGUGAGUCUUGAUUCAUCGGCUCCAUCGUAAAAUGCCAGUCCACGAGUCGAAUUCGAUUUCACAUUAGUCACAGUAGUUCAUCUUCAAACAAUUUUUAAAUCUAUCUAAUGAAUUGUUUUUGAAUUAAUUUCUCAACACUUAUUUAAGGUUGAUCCGUCAGUUAGUAUAAUCAGUGUUACUCAGAUUUGCUAAAUUCUUAGAUUUGAUAUUUGUGAUUGACUUAAUCACAUUAUAAGACACUCACUGUAAUUAUUACACCGGACACUAUAAUAAUACUAAUAGUGAUAACAUAUUGGACUUAAUUAAAUUAUAUAUAUAUUUGACAGACAUUAUACUAGUAUUUCUACUGUUAUUAAAGUAAUGUCAUUGGAUUUUACUUGUUUAGAUGUGUCAGUAACAUACUAAUAUUAUUACUGAUUUUUUAAAUAAAACCUGUUAUUUCAAUUCAUUAAAGUGAAAUGGGCUGUUGUGAGAUACUUCGAUGGCCAGUUGAGUGGAGUUCUCAAGGGAACAGAGGUGGAGGAUGAAGAGACAGGGUUGACUCUUGAAGAGGGCUACCUACAGGAAGGAGACCAUUGCAUGGCCAAGUGGUUGGACAAGAAAAUGUACAAGGCCAAGAUUCUCUUUCUAGGAUCUGACAAGGAAGAAGCUGCAAAGCAGGCAACUCUACUGAAGGUAGCCUAUCCUGAUAAGAAGCAGGAAAAGAAAGGUGAUGCUGAUAAGGAAUCAGAACCCCAAAAGAGGAAACUGGCCAACCCUGACAAAGCUACAGAACCUACAAAGAAAGAACGUAAGACUACAAAGGCGGCAGAAAAGAAGGCCCAGAUUAGAGCCCAGGAGAAGAUGGUGGUGGAGCUCCUGGCGGUGCUGUAUGGCCAUGGAGACAGUGAUCAGGUGGAGGAGCUGAAGCGGAGCCUUGAGGAGAAAGAGAAUAUCAUCAAGGAGAAGGAGCAGAUCAUAAAGGACAAGGAUGAGGAACUCUUUGCCAUGCAAGCCUUCAGUCAAAGACAAUUCAGGCAUGCCCAUGCAAUGGUGCUCUGGCAUCCUCUCUGA